CCGCAAAGAAUCCCUGUACUCUAGCCCACCCGAAUAAUUCAAACCGCGUCCGCCUAAAAGUAAACAUUAUAGCACCUGACUGUAACAUUCCUCGCUCUUUCUUGCGUUCGAGGAUAGCAAAAUUCCUUCGAUUUUUGCUUCGAUGGAAGUAGCUGCUCCGUCAGAUUCUUAGUAUGUUGAACUGUGGACUUCUGGAUGGAGCGAGCAUUAAUUCUGUUAAGUUUCACACUGACAAACAUUUGGGGGGGGGUCCUGACAGUGUUUCACCUGUUAAGCCCUGCAAGAUGAUCAUGCUGCUAGUGCACAUGUUCCUGAGAAAAACGUCAAAGAAUGGUUCAGAAAGGUGAAUUAGUUCUUAUUGGUGUAUUAGCUGGUGUGGCUGCUGGAAUUCUUAUUGCAUCACUCACAUUCUUUUGUAUACGUUGGUAUAAAUUGCGGGCCCACCGCCGUCGCCGUGCAAAUGAGCAAUGUCAAUCAACUAUUCCAAUACGUACUUAUGGCUUAGAUACAAGCAACGAAUCUAGUGCAUCUAUAAACAUUAAUGGAUCACAAUACCUUCCCAAAGGUUCUCACCAUAGCUGGUGGAGCCGCCCUCGUAAAGAUCAGUUUACUUCAGCAUCGGGCAUAACAAGAUAUUCUUACAAGGACAUUCAGAAAGCGACUGAAAACUUUAUGAACAUCCUGGGACAGGGAUCUUUUGGUCCAGUUUACAAAGCGACACUGCCAAAUGGUGAAGUGGUUGCUGUAAAGAAACUGGGUACCAACUCUAGACAAGGGGAAAGAGAGUUCCAGACAGAGGUUACACUUUUGGGUAGGCUUCAUCACCGUAAUUUAGUGAAUUUACUUGGAUAUUGUGUGGACAAAGGGCAACACAUGUUGAUAUAUGAAUUCAUGAUCAAUGGAAGUUUGGAGAACCAUUUACACAAUGAGGAACGAGCAUUGAGUUGGGAAGAGAGACUGCAAAUUGCUUUUGAUAUUUCACAUGGCAUUGAAUAUCUUCAUGAUGGGGCCGUGCCACCUGUGAUACAUCGAGAUUUGAAGUCUGGUAAUAUUUUGCUAGAUCAUGUUAUGAGAGCUAAGGUCAGUUGGUAGACAGCCAAAUUCUGCCCUAUAAGACUGCCUCGAAUGAGUAAAAAACCUUACUCUGGAAAUACAAAAUUCAUGUAAUCACCCUGUUAAUCCAGUUUUUUAUCCGAUCUGUUGAGACUUGAGAAUGAAUAACUUUUACUCAGUUUUCCAUUUUUGUUACAAACUAAAGUCACGUUUGGUUAAGGUAGAACUUUUUCAUCUUGGGAAUGUAACUAUGGAAAAUCACGCUUCCUGCUUAUUCACACUCUUAGGCUUAUUUGUUGUUAAAUUGAAUACAUCUUACACAACUUAAUUUUAACACCUUUUUGGGAAAAAUACACUAAACUAAUGGGAAGAAACUGUCUUUGUUUAAAACCUAAAGUGAAAUAAUCUGGAAAGAAAAGAAAGACUCCAACAUUAUGUUCGACAGUUUGUUCCGUUUUGAGUUUUGCAUGCUUCCUGCAUAUUAUUAGGUUGCUGAUUUUGGGCUCUCAAAGGAAGAAGUAUAUGAUGGAAGUAAUUCUGGGCUUAAAGGCACAUAUGGCUACAUUGAUCCUGUGUAUAUAUCAACAAACAAGUUUACAACAAAAAGUGACAUUUAUAGUUUCGGUAUCAUCCUCUUUGAACUUAUUACAGCUAUUCAUCCCCAUCAAAACUUGAUGGAAUAUGUCAAUCUUGUAAGUUUUUAACUCAUCCUUUCAGAAAUGUCUUUGAUAACUAUCCAAAACAAUUUUUGGACAACACCUUCCUGUUUCUAUUCUUAAUCUUAUUCUCACAUUAUUGUGUGCUUGUUCAUGAUUUUUCGCCCUUCGGAAGGCGACAAUGAGCCCAGAUGGUAUUGAUGAGAUUGUUGACAAGAAAAUUGUUGGGACAUAUAACCCACAAGAAGUAAGAAGCCUGGCUGCAAUUGCUCACAAGUGUUUGAAGAAUACUCCAAGAAGACGCCCCUCAAUUGCAGAAGUUUCCCAUGCAAUAUCAAAGAUAAAGCAUAGGGGGGGCCUCAUCAGAGAAGAUACUGUCUCGUUUGCCCAAGAUGAUUUUUCUAGAAUGAUUAGUACUAUUGAAAAGCGACAAAUUGAAUUGAGAAAUAUGGAAGGCAUAACCGAGAAAGAUGCUCACUGAAAGUCUUCCAUCUUACCUGUUCCCUUUUCUCAAUUUGAUAUAUCGUAUUUUUGAGUAUGUAAUUUAGUUAUUGUUCUUCUACCUCCUUUUCAAGAUCAUCAUUACGGAGGUCAAAUCAAAGUCUGCAGGUGCAUAUUGUGCAUCCAUAAUGCAUAACGCAUACUACCUCCGUCCCUUAGUUUACUUCCAUAAUAAAGUGUCACGCGGAUUAAGAAAGGGGUUUUUACUUGGAUAUUACUAAUUUUG